CUCUGCUCGCGCCCUCCCCCCACUCUCCUCCCCUCCCUUCGCCUGACUGUCAGCAUGGCGGCCACUGAGCCCCGAGAAUGCGAAACGGAAGGCUGCAAGCGCGAGGCCAAGCUGCAGUGCCCCACUUGCAUCAAGCUCGAGAUCCAGGGCUCGUACUUCUGCUCACAGGAAUGUUUCAAGGGAAGCUGGGCCACUCACAAGCUACUGCACAAAAAAGCAAAAGAAGAAAAGACAAAGCAAGAUCCCUGGAGGAGCGUAAACAGCAGUGAAGCCAACACAGAUCCAUGGCCUGGUUAUCGAUACUCGGGCAAAUUAAGACCACACUAUCCUCUGACUCCCAUGAGACCAGUGCCAAGUUAUAUACAGCGGCCAGAUUACGCCGACCAUCCAUUAGGAAUGUCGGAGUCGGAGCAGGCGUUGAAAGGCACCUCUCAGAUCAAGAUCCUUUCUCCAGAGGAUAUCGAAGGAAUGAAAACUGUCUCUAAGCUUGCCAGGGAGGUGCUGGAUAUAGCGUCUUUGAUGGUGAAACCAGGAGUGACCACUGAGGAGAUUGACCACGCUGUGCAUUUGGCCUGUACAGCCAGAAACUGCUACCCUUCACCGUUAAACUACUACAACUUCCCCAAGUCGAGCUGCACAUCAGUCAAUGAAGUCAUCUGCCACGGAAUCCCCGACAGGCGACCGCUGCAGGAAGGAGACAUCUUAAACGUGGACAUCACCGUCUAUCGGAACGGAUACCACGGAGAUCUCAACGAGACGUUCUUUGUUGGAGAAGUCGACGAGGGGGCCAAGCGGCUCGUGCAGACGACCUAUGAAUGCCUGAUGCAGGCCAUCGAUUCUGUAAAGCCGGGUGUUCGUUACCGAGAGCUGGGCAACAUAAUCCAAAAGCACGCACAAGCCAAUGGGUUCUCUGUGGUGAGGAGCUACUGCGGACAUGGCAUCCACAAGCUGUUUCACACGGCUCCUAACGUGCCCCAUUAUGCCAAAAACAAGGCUGUUGGCGUGAUGAAGCCAGGCCACGUGUUCACUAUUGAGCCAAUGAUAUGUGAAGGUGGCUGGCAGGACGAGACGUGGCCCGACGGCUGGACUGCGGUGACCCGAGAUGGGAAGCGCUCUGCCCAGUUUGAACACACGCUGCUGGUGACCGAGGGGGGCUGCGAAAUCCUCACCCGACGCCUGGAAGACAACGGCAGGCCCCACUACAUGUCGCAGAUGUAGGCCCGCCGUGCUUCCGCUUUCAGACUUGAACUGUUUGCUUAAACUGCUGACUAAAACGCCAGGGGGCUUCUUUUUUUGUUUUGGGGGGUUGUGUUGAAAAUGGUCACCGAUUUGGCCACACAGUUGGAUUGGAGUUCAGUGUUACAGCAGGGAAGAGGGCCGCUUGACAUUCUCAGGUAUUUCAGGUUCCUGUUCAGAGUGUUGUGGUGUAGGAGAUGAGGAGGAGGAGGAGAGGAAGAGUAAAUGUAGUUGUGCCCCACCGGGGGGUCCGUGACCCGCAGUGUAACGUCACGUCCUGAGGGCCCACAAACAGCAAAGUAAAUCCAUCAGUGGUGUGUUUUAUUGGUGAAAUAGCAAAAUAUGUAUGGCGGAAAGUUGUGGACACAAUUAAACUGUUUUCAUUUGAA